GGGAAACGCCGCGAGGGCCAGGCUAGGCCGGGCGGUAGACACGACGGACGGUGACUAUGGCCGCGACAGCGGGUGGCGGUCCGGGAGCAGCAGCAGGCGCUGUGGGUGCAGGGGGUGCGGCGGCGGCCUCCGGGCUGGCUGUGUACCGGAGGAAGGACGGGGGCCCGGCCAGCAAGUUUUGGGAGAGCCCGGACACGGUGUCCCAGCUAGAUUCGGUGCGAGUCUGGCUGGGCAAGCACUACAAGAAGUAUGUUCAUGCGGAUGCUCCUACCAAUAAAACACUGGCUGGAUUGGUGGUGCAGCUUCUACAGUUCCAAGAAGAUGCCUUUGGGAAGCAUGUCACCAACCCAGCUUUCACCAAACUACCUGCAAAAUGUUUCAUGGAUUUCAAAGCUGGAGGCACCUUGUGUCACAUUCUUGGAGCUGCUUACAAGUAUAAAAACGAACAGGGGUGGCGGAGAUUUGAUCUUCAGAAUCCAUCCCGAAUGGAUCGUAACGUUGAAAUGUUCAUGAACAUUGAGAAAACUUUGGUACAGAACAACUGUCUGACUAGACCCAACAUCUACCUCAUUCCAGACAUUGAUUUGAAGUUGGCUAACAAGUUAAAAGAUAUCAUCAAACGGCAUCAGGGGACAUUUACUGAUGAGAAGUCAAAAGCUUCCCACCAUAUUUAUCCAUAUCCUUCCUCACAAGAGGAUGAGGAAUGGCUGAGGCCAGUGAUGAGGAGAGACAAGCAGGUGCUGGUGCACUGGGGCUUCUACCCAGACAGCUAUGACACUUGGGUCCACAGUAAUGAUGUUGAUGCUGAAAUUGAAGAUGCACCAAUCCCAGAAAAGCCAUGGAAGGUUCAUGUAAAAUGGAUUUUGGAUACUGACGUUUUCAAUGAAUGGAUGAAUGAAGAGGAUUACGAAGUGGACGAGAACAGAAAGCCAGUGAGCUUUCGACAACGAAUUUCAACGAAGAAUGAAGAGCCAGUCAGAAGUCCAGAAAGGAGAGAUAGAAAAGCAUCUGCCAAUGCUCGAAAGAGGAAGCAUUCCCCUUCUCCCCCUCCUCCUACUCCCACAGAAUCCCGGAAGAAGAGUGGGAAGAAAGGACAAGCUAGCCUUUAUGGGAAGCGUAGAAGUCAGAAGGAAGAAGAUGAGCAAGAAGAUCUUACCAAGGACAUGGAAGAUCCAACACCCGUACCUAAUAUAGAGGAAGUGGUUCUCCCUAAGAACGUAAACCCAAAGAAGGACAGUGAAAACACACCUGUUAAAGGAGGCACAGUGGCAGAUCUAGAUGAGCAGGAUGAAGAAACAGUUACAACAGGAGGAAAGGAAGAUGAAGAUCCCAGCAAAGGUGAUCCAAGUCGCUCGGCUGACCCCGGUGAAGACAAUGUGACAGAACAGACCAAUCACAUCAUUAUUCCCAGCUAUGCGUCCUGGUUUGAUUAUAAUUGUAUUCAUGUGAUUGAACGGCGUGCUCUUCCUGAGUUUUUUAAUGGAAAAAACAAAUCCAAGACUCCUGAAAUAUACUUGGCAUAUCGAAAUUUUAUGAUUGACACAUACCGUCUGAACCCUCAAGAAUAUUUAACCAGCACUGCUUGUAGGCGAAACCUGACUGGAGAUGUGUGUGCUGUGAUGAGGGUUCAUGCCUUCUUAGAGCAAUGGGGUCUUGUUAACUACCAAGUUGAUCCAGAAAGUCGUCCCAUGGCUAUGGGACCUCCUCCCACUCCUCAUUUCAAUGUGUUAGCUGACACACCCUCUGGGCUUGUACCUCUGCACCUUCGGUCACCUCAGGUCCCUGCUGCUCAACAGAUGUUAAAUUUUCCUGAGAAGAACAAGGAAAAACCAAUUGAUUUGCAGAACUUUGGUCUUAGAACUGACAUUUACUCCAAGAAAACACUAGCAAAGAGUAAAGGUGCUAGUGCUGGAAGGGAGUGGACAGAGCAGGAGACUCUCCUCCUCCUAGAGGCUCUGGAGAUGUACAAGGAUGAUUGGAAUAAAGUCUCGGAGCAUGUUGGAAGCCGUACUCAGGACGAGUGCAUCCUCCACUUUCUGAGGCUUCCCAUUGAGGACCCAUACCUUGAAAAUUCAGAUGCUUCUCUUGGGCCGCUAGCUUAUCAGCCUGUCCCGUUCAGCCAGUCGGGAAACCCCGUGAUGAGUACUGUUGCCUUUUUAGCGUCUGUUGUUGACCCUCGUGUAGCAUCUGCUGCAGCAAAAGCAGCUUUGGAGGAGUUUUCUCGAGUCCGAGAAGAAGUGCCCCUGGAAUUGGUUGAAGCACAUGUCAAAAAAGUACAGGAAGCUGCAAGAGCAUCUGGGAAAGUCGACCCCACCUAUGGCCUGGAGAGCAGCUGCAUUGCAGGCACAGGACCUGACGAGCCAGAGAAGCUCGAAGGGUCUGAAGAAGAGAAGAUGGAAACAGAUCCUGAUGGUCAGCAGCCUGAAAAGGCAGAAAACAAAAUGGAGAGUGAAUCAGACGAAGGUGAUAAAAUACAAGAUCGAGAGAAUGAAAAAAACAGUGAGAAGGAACAAGAUAGUGACGUCAGUGAGGAUGUCAAGCCAGAAGAAAAGGAGAAUGAAGAGAACAAAGAGCUCACUGAUACAUGUAAAGAGAGAGACGGCGACACUGGGAAGAAGAAAGUGGAACACGAGAUUUCUGAAGGAAACGUUGCCACAGCCGCAGCAGCUGCUCUGGCCUCAGCUGCUACCAAAGCCAAGCACCUGGCGGCUGUGGAAGAAAGAAAGAUCAAGUCCCUGGUAGCUCUCCUGGUUGAGACACAGAUGAAGAAACUAGAGAUCAAACUUCGACAUUUUGAAGAGCUGGAGACGAUUAUGGACAGAGAGAAAGAAGCUUUAGAACAACAGAGACAGCAGUUGCUUACUGAGCGACAGAACUUCCACAUGGAACAAUUGAAAUAUGCUGAACUACGUGCUCGGCAGCAAAUGGAACAGCAGCAGCAUGGCCAGACACCUCAGCAAGCACACCAGCACUCGGGAGGACCUGGGAUGGCCCCACUUGGGGCCACAGGCCACCCUGGCAUGAUGCCCCAUCAGCAGCCUCCUCCCUACCCCCUGAUGCACCAUCAGAUGCCGCCACCCCAUCCUCCCCAACCAGGUCAAAUGCCAGGCCCUGGCUCCAUGAUGCCUGGGCAGCCCAUGCCAGGUCGCAUGAUUCCCACUGUGGCAGCCAACAUUCACCCUACUGGGAGUGGCCCUACCCCUCCCGGUAUGCCUCCAAUGCCCGGAAACAUCUUAGGACCCCGGGUACCCCUCACAGCACCAAAUGGCAUGUAUCCUCCUCCACCACAGCAGCCGCCGCCUCCACCUGCAGAUGGGGUCCCUCCACCUCCUGCUCCAGGCCCACCAGCCUCGGCCACUCCCUAGCCUGGAAGACACAGGGAGCCUCCACAGCCACCACAAACUGAAAUGGGGAUGGCAAGACUUGUGUCUCAGCUUCCUUGGUUUUCUUGCAGAAUUUUUUUUUUUUUCACAACCCCAAGCACAAGUCCCAUGUCUCUCCACUCCCUGAUACUUCCUGUGUCAGGUCCUUAGUUGAUACUCAAUGGAAAGCCUGUGGUGACUAGUGUGAUCUGGUCACUUAAAAAGUACCAUGUGUCUCCCCUGUCCCAGUGUGACAGAUGUUGGCAGUUGGUUUCCGGGUCCUGUUGACAUUAGUAUUCUUGUCUGUCUCUCUCUGUCUCUCUGUCUCUCUCUCUCUCUCUCUCUCUCUCUCUCUCUCUCUCUCU